AUGGCCUCAUCCUCUGGCCCUGGCGGCGAGCAUGGCGGCGAGAAGAAGGUCAGGCCAAAGUUGGGCACCGUAGCGGGAGUUUACAUACCAGUAUGCCUGAGUAUCAUGAGCAUUCUCAUGUUCUUGAGAUUUGGUCUCAUACUGGGUCGAAUUGGGCUCGUCGGCAUCGUAGGUCUGCUCUUGGUGGCGUACUGCAUCGACUUCCUUACGCUCUUCUCCUUGUCGGCCGUCGCUUCCAAUGGCGAGGUCAAGGGAGGGGGCAUUAUGCUCUACCUCGCCUCAGUUUUGAGCUCGGCCAUGAAUGUUGUUGGUCUCAUAGACUGCAUCAAGCUCAACAUUGAACCAGACUUUCCCGAGGGGUACUGGGUGAAAUACGGCCUUCAGACAGGCAUUCACUUCACCGGCCUCAGCCUGGACACGCUGGCAGACAACUUCCUUCCUCCCGUUGACCGCACAGCUUUCAACGGCGUGGAGACCUUCCGAGAAUUAUUUGGCAUCCUCUUUCCGGCUACCGCAGGCAUCCUAGCAGGCGCCUCUCUAUCGGCAGACCUUCAUGACCCCAACAAAUCAAUACCAAAAGGGACAUUAUGGGCUACCUUGACGACACUCAUCGUCUACUGCAUCGUUGCUUUAUCAAUGGCAUCCAGUGUCACGCACGAGUCACUUCUAGCUAACUCUAACAUUCUGUCGCUCAUCAACUUGGCCCCUUGGGUCAUCUUUGCUGGCGAGUGUGCCACGACGGCCUUUUCAGCCUUGAUAGGUCUCAAAACUUCGGCGGGACUCCUGAGAGCCUUGGCUCGAGACCAGCUUUUACCCGGCAUGGCUUUCCUAGACCGGGGCAGCCGACGACGGGAUGAUCCUAUUGCUGCGCUCGCGCUCACCUAUGCCAUCGCGCAACUGGCCCUUCUCGCAGACUUGAAUCAGAUUGCUACAUUCAUUUCCAUGGGCUUCCAGAUGACCUUCUUCGUUAUGAACCUGGCAUGCUUCUUCCUGAAGAUUGCCACCGCGCCCAACUUCCGACCAAGCUUCAAGUUCUUCAGUUGGCAGACAGCUUUCCUUGGCAGUAUCAUGUCCGCAUUUGCCAUGUUCUUCGUGGACGAGACCUACGCCGCGCUGGCUAUAUGUCUCCUUGUCGCUCUCUUCCUGCUGAUACACUACCUUUGCCCUCCGAAACGAUGGGGUGACGUUUCUCAGAACCUGAUUUAUCACCAGGUCCGCAAGUAUCUUCUUCGUCUGCGGCCGGAACACAUCAAGCACUGGCGCCCACAUAUUAUCCUCCUCGUCAACAAUCCAAGGAAACAGACACGGCUGAUCAAGUUCUGCAACUCCCUGAAGAAGGGAUCUCUCUACAUCUUGGGUCACGUCAUUGUCACUGACGACUUUUCCAAGGGCGUGGACGAAGCUCGCUUACAACAGCAGGCCUGGACCAACUAUAUCUCCGAGUCGUCCAGAAUCAAGGCAUUUGUCCAGCUCACAAUGUCACCAUCCUUCAACUGGGGCGUCCGCAACCUGAUUCUCAGUUCCGGGCUGGGUGGCAUGAGGCCAAAUGUGGCCAUCAUUGGAUUUUAUAACAUGCAAGACCUGCGUAGAUCUGGGCAUCAUACAUACGUGCCAGACAUACCGACUUUUGUUGCUUCCCAGAUGAAGCAGACGUCGAAGUCAGGUACCAGACGUCCUACUAGACGUAGAGGCGACACUUCGUCGCGAAUCCUGUCGGGCACGCUCCCAACCGAUGUCAUUCGAAACGAGGACAUGCUGUCGCCAAACCAGUACAUGACCAUGUUGGAGGACCUGGCUUUACGCUACCGACUCAACGUCGCCGUUGGGUUUGGUUUCGAUACACUCGAGGCACCAGGGACUGGUGAAUCCCACAGCAAGAAAUACGUCGAUCUCUGGCCUAUUCAGAUGUCAGCCGAGGUCACGUCGGACGGUCAAAACAUAUUGACCACCAAUUUUGAUACAUUCCCAGAAGAAACUGCGCGCGUUAAGCAGCUACUCGAGAAACUACGGAUUGAAGCUAAGGUCAUGGUGUUCUGGCUCGCGUCUGGGGAGCUCAAUACCUACGAACUCAUCAUCAAUGGUGUCAGCCAGGAUAUUGACUGGGAUAUUCUCGUCAAUGAUGCACUAAAGGACGCAGAGUGGUGGGAUGAUCUUCAGAACUUCAGAGGCCGCUUCGAUCGUAUGUCGGAUAGCUGGGGACAGACACAUAUUGCACAGAUCAAGGAAUCGACGUCGGCUCGGCCGGGUGUCUACAACCCCCACGACGAUUUGGAUCCCAUGGGCAGACACCUUACCAGUGGAGACACUGGACCUAUGUACGGUACCAUGUCCACGUCGCAAACACUGCACGAAAUGGACGAGGAGCCGGCUUCAGCAGCGACAACUCCUCGUGUCGUGGCUUUCGCCGCCAGUCCUAGCAACGAAAGGGAUCAGGCAAUCAAGGCUGUGCGCUCCAUGCUACCUCUGCCACGCCAGGAUGAAGAUGAAGAUGAAUCACGAGGACUUCUUCGAUCAAAGUCAAUGAGCCCCGUGAGAUCUUCCGAAGACUCCAAGACGGCAAUGCCCCCACGUCCUGCCAUUUCUAGGCAAUCAUCAGGAGUGCGAUUCUCCAGUCGCCCGGUUCCGGAGACCACUAUGACAACCGACGGCGACGCAGUAAGACUUAGCUUUGCGGACUCUGGUUCCAGCGCACCGAGGACUGAGCGACCCUCAGCGUCACGCCAGUCAUCGUACGGUGGCAGCAAGCUUCGGAAGCAACAGGUUCCUGAGAACAAGCUCGCCGGCGAAAGUCAAAAGACCAUUGCUUUUGCUGAUCCCAUCGAAUCCACCCCCUUUGUGUCGCGUUCGGCAGCCAACUCGCCGGUGCAGUCUCGUGGAGGAUCCCUGGCACAGUCGCGCCGAAAUUCGGAGACGGGCGACCUGAAUUUGAACGUCUCAGACAUUCUACAGUCGUACCGGAGUGAAACUGGAGAGCAGGAGGGUGGCUCGAGAUACUCAACGGCAAAUCUUUCCCUCUCCUUCAACGAUUUACCGAGCCGCGCUCAGCAUCUUAUACUCAACGAGCUCAUGCGGCGACAUUCCGCAGAGACAGCACUGCUCAUGAGCACUUUGCCUAUCCCCGCGGAUGGGACUGCUUUGGACGAGAAGAGCACCAUAAGUUACCUGUCCGACGUGGAGCUGUUGUGCAAUGAGUUGCCGCCGACGUUGAUGGUACUGAGUAACAACAUGACCGUCACAGUUAGUCUAUGA